GAGAACCCACCAACAGUUUACACGUAGUUUCCAAAUAUUCAACUCAAGUAUUCAAGUUUUCAACUCCAUGUAAAUCCAUUUCACUCUAUAACUAAUCAUAAAUAUCCCACAAAACCAAACACUAAUUCAACUCAAACAAUCACUAAAUUUUAGAAUCAGAAUUCAAAACCAUGGCCAUAGCUCCAGCAUACGAAGCAAAUCUCCCAGCAUCACCAGAAUGGCUAAACAAAGGAGACAACGCAUGGCAGAUGACAGCAGCCACACUAGUUGGCCUCCAAAGCAUGCCAGGACUGGUCAUCCUCUAUGCCAGCAUAGUGAAAAAGAAAUGGGCUGUGAACUCAGCUUUCAUGGCACUUUACGCUUUUGCGGCGGUUUUAAUCUGUUGGGUACUCGUGGCUUACAGAAUGGCUUUUGGUGAGAAGCUGUUACCCUUUUGGGGUAAAGGAGCACCGGCUUUAGGACAGAAGUUUCUGGUUCGAAGAGCAAGAGUACCUGCGAGUACUCAUUAUUAUAAAAAUGGUGUUGAUAUUGAGACACCUAUGGAGGAACCGUUUUUUCCUAUGGCGUCGCUGGUUUAUUUUCAGUUUACUUUUGCGGCGAUUACUAUGAUUUUGUUGGCGGGUUCUGUUCUUGGGAGGAUGAAUAUUAAGGCUUGGAUGGCUUUUGUUCCUCUUUGGUUGGUUUUUUCUUAUACUGUUGGGGCUUUUAGUCUUUGGGGUGGUGGGUUUCUUUAUCAUUGGGGUGUUAUUGAUUACUCUGGUGGCUAUGUUAUUCAUCUAUCUUCUGGGAUUGCUGGUUUCACUGCUGCUUAUUGGGUUGGACCAAGGAUAAAGAGUGACAGGGAAAGAUUUCCACCAAACAAUGUAUUGUUGAUGCUUGCAGGAGCUGGAUUAUUAUGGAUGGGGUGGUCUGGGUUCAAUGGAGGAGCACCCUAUGCAGCAAAUGUUGCGUCUUCAAUAGCUGUGUUGAACACAAACAUUUGUGCAGCAACUAGUCUUCUUGUAUGGACAACUCUUGAUGUUAUUUUCUUUGGGAAGCCUUCUGUGAUUGGAGCUGUUCAGGGUAUGAUGACUGGACUUGUAUGUAUCACACCAGGAGCAGGUCUUGUGCAAUCGUGGGCAGCUAUUGUGAUGGGAAUAUUAUCGGGGAGUAUUCCGUGGGUAUCCAUGAUGAUCUUGCAUAAAAAAUCAAGUCUUUUACAAAAGGUUGAUGACACUCUUGGAGUAUUUCACACACAUGCCGUGGCUGGCCUACUAGGCGGCCUCCUCACCGGACUCUUCGCCGAGCCGGCCCUAUGUCGAUUACUAUUGCCGGUGACCAAUUCGAGAGGUGCAUUCUAUGGUGGAAGUGGUGGUGUACAAUUCCUAAAGCAAUUAGUGGCAGCCAUGUUUGUCAUUGGAUGGAACAUAGUCUCCACCACAAUCAUUCUCCUUGUUAUACAAGUGUUCAUACCUUUGAGAAUGCCCGACGAGCAGCUCGAAAUCGGAGACGACGCUGCUCACGGUGAGGAAGCUUAUGCUCUUUGGGGUGAUGGAGAGAAAUACGAUCCAACUAGACAUGGUUCCUUAAAUCCUGGUACCACUGGAGUUUCACCUUAUGUUAAUGGUGCAAGAGGUGUGACAAUAAAUUUGUGAGUUAUAGCUAGAGGAAAUUUAUUGUGUGUGGAAGGUGUAGGAGAAUUUCGUUUUUUUUUAGGAAAGAAAAAUUCUUAAGUUUUGAGAUUAAUUUGAUCAUGUUUUUGUUCUUCUAAUCACCUUGAUUUUUUUACAUUUUGUAUUUGAAAAGUGUUGUAAAGAAUAAUAUCUUAAUGUAUGUAUACUAAUUUGUCAAUUUUUGGUUGAGUGAAAA